GAUUAAACUGCGCUAACAAUAUACACGAAAAUCAUAAUAUUAAAUUAUAUUCAUAUUAUAUUGUAUUCAAAUUUAAGUUGCUCGCAAAUAUGGAUAAAGCUAAACAAAGCGAUGAGCUAUUACUUCGUAUACGAAAUGAGCUGACAGCCAUUCUGGAGGAAAAUAAUAGCAACGAUCCGAAGCGCAGGAUUUCAUACGAGGAUCUUAUGAAACCUACACCGCUGCCCUCUUUGGAGCCUAGCAAAAACAAAAAGAAAAAGACUUCGAGUAAAUUGCAAAUAUAUCAUAAUCCUCAAUCGCAUCGCCAGUCAAUUGGUGGCAAAUCGAUUACCAUGAAGCCAUCGAAUGCACGCCUGAGCGCUGGCCAGAAACCGUCUAGCGAAGAGUUGUCAUCAUCAACAUCGAUUGGUACAUCGAGUGCUACAUCGUUCCGAGACAUGCUGCCCACCUUGGACCACAGUUUAACUGCGGAGUUUCUGGAGUCUCAGAGUGCUAAGUCCAUAGAUGAGGAUAUGCAGAAAAUGCAGCUGGAAUUGGGCAAAAGCUAUGAAUUGUUUCAGGACAUUGGUGAGAAAUUUGAAGCAAUCAAUUUUAGUGGUCUCAAGUCACGCAUACGCAACUUAAAUUUAAAUAAUAUGCCAAGUGAUAUCGGCAAAGCCACAACUAACGAGCUACAGAAAAUGUUCGAGUCCAGGUUCGUCCAGAAUCGUUUGGACAAGUUAACCGCAAAUGUAGUAGACGAUUUUCGCCGUCAUCCCGGCGAAUUUGGCGAUAUACCCGAACUGAGCAAAUUCUUCCAGGCCUGCUCACAACUGGAGCACGGUCUGGACACCCUGAAGCAACAGCGCAAGCGCACCAACGAGCUGGAGAAGCGUAUGUGUUGGGCCACUGAGAUCGCCUACGAUCGCAUGGCGGAAAUUCGCAAUUCAGUGGGCGACAAGCCGGAAUCUAAUUUCUAGGCAGGUUUCACAUUUUAACAAUAACAUUGUUCAGAUAGUAAAGAUAUAUCUAGAACGGUAAAGCUUGUAAUAGCUGGAAUAAAUAUAUCUUGUGAAGAACAUACAUUUUACCGAUAAAUAGUACCGAGUAGUUCGAUUCAGCAACAAGCAUACAAAGCUAUGCCAAAAUUUCUAUCCAAUAUAAAAUGAGAAAAUAAUAUUCUUUUAAAGAUUACAAAUAGAAAAUCUUUCCAUUU